AAAGAGUAGGAGUGUAGAGACACAGCAGGAGUAGUACUGGUUCUGAUUUCUGAACAAAGAAUCAGAAGCAGAAUCAGAAGGACGAUGAGACCUGAAAUCGUGUUGUUUGGAGACUCGAUAACAGAGCGGUCCUUCCAAUCAGGAGGCUGGGGUGCCGCUCUUGCUGACACCUAUUCUCGCAAGGCUGAUGUCAAAGUUCGUGGCUAUGGUGGGUACAACACCAGAUGGGCGCUGUUCUUGUUGCAUCAGAUCUUUCCUCUGGAUUCCAGAAAACCUCCUGCUGCUGCCACAAUUUUCUUUGGGGCCAAUGAUGCAGCUAUUUUGGGGAGAACAAGUGAACGGCAACAUGUUCCUCUUGAAGAGUUCAAGGAGAAUCUCAGAAAAAUUGUUCUCCAUUUGAAGGAGUGCAGUCCCACAAUUCUGAUUGUGCUUAUCACUCCACCACCUGUGGAUGAGGAAGGGCGUAAUGAAUAUGCACGAUCUUUGUAUGGUGAGGAUGCUAGGAAACUGCCAGAAAGGACAAAUGAAGCAGCAGAAGUUUAUGCAAAGAAGUGCCUUGAGCUAGCUGAGGAAAUGGGUAUCCGCUCCAUCAAUCUUUGGUCCAAGUUGCAGGAAACAGAGGGUUGGCAGAAGAAAUUUCUAAGCGACGGGUUGCACCUAACACCAGAAGGCAAUGCUGUAGUCCUCCAAGAAGUUGUAAGAGUUUUCAAGGAAGCAUGGUUUUCUGCUGACGAAAUGCCUUAUGAUUUUCCUCACCACUCAGUAAUUGAUGGGAAGAGCCCUGAGAAAGCUUUUGAGCAAAGAUGCAUAUAAUAGAUUUUUAUUUCAUAAAUCAAAGUAUCAAACUCUCCACCACAUACUGGAUUGUAAUAAUUGUAUACCCCAAAAUACGCUGACUUAUUUGGUGAUUGCACCAUACAGAUUAUGUCUCCGUCUUUUAUUUUUCUGUAACCCCAAAAUAUGUACAACAUAACUCCAGCUGAAACUUUUGCUGUAUGUUAGCAAUUAAUUCAUUUUGAAUGACCAUACUGUGAUUUAUAUCAGUUUUAUUACAA